AUGUAUACAAAAAAGAAACAACACAACACAAAACAGAACAAAACUUUCCCUGAUCCAGAACCCCAUCUUCCCCCUCUCAUGAAAAGAGAGAGCAAGUUUGAGAGAAAGCAUGUACAUAACGCUACAGAAUUGAAGCUUCUUCUCGCAACUCUACUCCUCCUUUGCAGUGUUGCAACUCUCCUUCAGUUCAUCCCUUUACGUUUCACCAAUAUCUCACCCUCUAAUCUCCACUUGUGCAUCUCAAGUGUAUCCCAACAACCCCCACCACCCUUUACAUCACAUUCUACACUCUCACCAUCUUCCUCAUCCAAUACACCACUUUCUACACCCUCUUCAACCCAACUCCUUCCCAAUGGCACCAUCAAGCGUGCCUUCAUCCCUUACGGCUCUGCGGCCUACAACUUCAUUACCAUGGGAGCAUACCGAGGAGGAACCAAUACCUUCGCCAUCGUUGGUCUUUCUUCUAAGCCUCUCCAUGUCUAUGGAAAACCCACCUACGAGUGUGAGUGGAUCCCUUUCUCUUCUCCAAAACCCAUCAUUACAAUGGGCUACAAGAUAAUCCCCGACAUUUGGGGCUAUGAUCAUGUCUACACUGCUGUGGUUGUCAACUGUACCUUCAACCACACCAUCAUCAAUGGUGACAACAACGGUGGCAAGUUGGUGCUCUAUGCCUCCACCUCAGGAGCUGGUGACACCAACUUCAAUCUCACUGAUAGGAUAGAGGUUCUCCAAGAAGCACCAAAUACUUUAGAUGUUUCACUCUUUGUAUCAGAGCCUAAGUAUGACUAUUUCUAUUGUGGCUCUCCUCUGUAUGGGGACUUGAGCCCUCAAAGGGUAAGGGAGUGGAUCACUUACCAUGUGUGGUUGUUUGGCCCAAGGUCACAUUUUGUGAUUUAUGAUGCUGGUGGGGUGCAUGAGGAGGUGCUAGAGGUGCUGAAGCCAUGGAUGGAACUAGGGUUUGUGACCUUGCAAGAUAUUAGGGACCAAGAAAGGUUUGAUGGGUAUCUUCAUAACCAGUUCAUGGUGGUGAAUGAUUGUCUGCAUAGAUACAAGUUCAUGGCCAAGUGGAUGUUCUUUUUUGAUGUUGAUGAGUACAUUUAUGUGCCACCUAACAAUACCAUCAAGACUGUGGUUGACUCGCUUUCGAAAUACGACCAGUUCAUCUUUAAUAUGAUGCCUAUGAACAACAAGAUUUGCCUCUAUGAGGAUUAUGGCAAAACUUGCAGGGACAUAGUAGAAGAAGACUUCACCGUUCCCGUGGAUACUUCAGCUCUUAAUGCAUCUCAAGAAAAAGAGUUGAAGAAAAAUAAACAGAAAAAUUUAAAGGCGUUGUUUACCUUGCAACAAGCGGUGACUGAUCCAAUUUUCCCAAGAAUUAUGGGAGCUAAGACUGCCAAAGAAGCGUGGAACACAUUGCAGGAGGAGUUUCAAGGAAGUGUUAAGGUACGUGCUGUUAAACUUCAAUCUCUAAGAAGAGAUUUUGAACUAUUGAAGAUGAAGGAGUCUGAGAUAGUUAAAGAUUACUAUUCUAAAGUUAAAGAAAUAGUUAAUCAAAUGAGAGCUUUUGGGAAAUAUAUUCUUGACAAGAAAAUUGUAGAGAAAAUUCUAAUUAUUAUGCCCCAAAAGUUUGACCCAAUCGUGACAACGAUUGAGGAAACCAAUGAUCUGUCCACUCUAUCAGAGACAAAACUUGUGGGCUCUCUUGAAGCAUAUGAGCAAAGACUAUUUGGCCACUUCAACACACAUGCCUUGAAGUUGUUACAUGAGAAGAACAUGAUGAGAUAUCUUCCAAGCAUAAAGGAGAACAAUGAAGGGUGUGAAGGAUGUCUCCUUGGUAAGCAACACCGAUUUCCUUUCUCAACAAGCGGAGCAUGGAGAGCGAAAGAUCUAUUGGAGUUGAUACAUACAGACGUCUGUGGACCAAUGAGGACGCCAUCACAUGAGAACAACAGGUACUUCAUACUCUUCAUUGAUGACUUCUCUAGAAUGACAUGGGUAUAUUUUUUAAAAGAAAAAUCAGAAGUCUUUGGAGUAUUCAAAAAGUUCAAGGCCCUUGUUGAAAAUCAAAGUGGAAAACGAAUAAAAGUACUAAGAAGUGAUCACGACAAAGAGUACAUCUCUCGUGAGUUUGAAAGAUUUUGUGAGGAUGAAGGCAUUGAGCGACAACUUACAGUCGCAUAUUCUCCUCAACAAAAUGAAGUGUCCGAGAGAAAGAAUCGCACAGUUAUGGAAAUGGCUAGAUGA